AUGGCGCGCCCCCGUCGCUCAACGCGCCUGGCCGCGAAUGCUGCUCCGGAGGAAUCGACCCUCCCUAAACAAGAGCUCGGCUCGGUGGAAGAGACUGACGAGACCACUCCCGUCGAGAAGACCCCGGCCAAGAAGAGCAAGCUUCCCAAAAGCAGCAGGUCAACCAGAGGCAAAGCAGCAAAAAGUCAACCAGUGGAGAGCAGCCCAUCUCGCGCUCUCGACACUGCUAAAGAUGAGACCCAUGCGGCUUCCUCCCCUUUCCCGCGAACCCCGGCAUCAUCUGCAAUCAAGCCGCCGGCAACAGAGAUGCAUCCCGAGCACUACCACGCUUCUACCGCCGCUCCUUCUUCUGCUUUGCACCUUGGAUUCUCGGAUAUCAAUCCCGCAGGCCCUUUGAACUCAUCACCUACAAUGGAGGUGACGCAGAGAGCGGCAGCUGCACCAUCGCGCAGGACUAGCACGGUGCCAUCAGCACCAUUCACUUUCCAUCUUGAAAACCCUAGCGCCGCGACUGGCGGCCUUAGUGAACGUACUAAAGCACUUCUGGAAGAUAUGCGUGGCGACAUUGAGCAAAUCGCGGCAGACCUCAGGGCUAAGCGUGACCAGGAGAAGGCAGAGGCGGAGGCAAAUGGACGCAGGAUCGCCUCGGCCAAGGGAAAACGCGGUCGAUUCAGUGACGUGCACUGGAAGGAACUCCAGAAAAUGGACUCUAUUGUCAAUCACCCCAGCGUCCAACGCUACAAGACGAUGAAUAGCAAUGGCAGUAGCAGCAGCAUCGCCGGCAACGUCUCAACCAGUCCGGCUCCAUUAACCAAGGGCAUCAAGCGGACGCAAUCUAAAGCGAACCUCAACGAUUCGGAGCCUCGUAGGGGGGCUGUGACUGCUGAAUCCUCUAGGAAGCCGGCUGCCAAGUUCCCCAUCUCACCCGCCAAGCGGCAGAAUGGUCUCUUUGGAGGCAGCAGCGAUGAGGUGCCCCCAUCCGCAGUCAAGCGCGCAAGACAACGUAUCGAGGACGAUGCAUCUACCGCUCGGCCUGUAUCGAGGGAUGCCAGCAGCAUUCCACGGCCGACUACCGCCGGCAGGGAAGGCCCAAGCCUCCAGCCGCGAUCCCACACCACGGUGUCGGCGUUGAUGACCCCAACAAAAUCAUCUCUGGCCCGAUCUGUUGCUUCGGCGACAAAGCCAGGUCCGAGCGGGUCCCUCACUGCUCCCGCACCACCAGGACGUCUCAAGCCAUCAGCAAGCAACAGCAGCUUGGCCAUGGCAUCCAAGAUUGCGGCACCAGUCAGGUCACCCAGCCGAUUCGAUAGGAUCAAAUCAAUGCUUCGAGGAGGCCAGAAAGACGAUGGCCCCAAACCCGGUAGCACUUUGCCGGUUCCCAAGGUUUCUGGUCUCAAAACACCUACUGCUUCUAACCUCGACAAACCACUGCCUGCAGUGCCAGCAACCACCCCUUCUCGCAAGCUUAUGAAGCGUGUCGUCUUCACUCCGGAUUCCAAGAAGCCCGUGACCUUUCUGGGCAAUGAUCGCACCCCUUCUCCGCUCAAGUCAAUUUUAAAGUCCGGCCUGCCGAGGUCGAAAACGAUGGGCAAGCUACCUGAAGUCCACUACCCGAAUUUAGACACAGUCAUGGAUGAAGGUGAAGGCCAGGAAGGCAGCGUUCCCGCGGUGCAAUAUCCGGAUUUGCAAACUCUAACAGAUGGACCUCCCGAGCCUACGACGACUUCGGAGACUGGUGUUCUCGGAUCGGCGGUUCCUGGAACGUUUACCUUUAGAAGCGAUCGCACGAUCGAGUUCGGCGCCACCUCGCCUGUCGGCUUCGGUGGCUCGCGCGGUCAGUCGAGUGUGAGACAUGUACGACAAUCAGUCAUGGAUUCGCAGAGCCCCAUGGCGAUGCCGGGUAGCUUUCCGGACUCGGUAUCCGAGUUCACUCAUGGAGGAGGCGGUAACUCUGGCCAGCGCGAAAACAAAGAGAAUCGUGCGCCGUCGACAUUUUUGCCUGCCGUAAAGCAUGGUCUUGGUAACAAGAAGCGCCAUCGUGCGGACUCGGAUGACGAAGAUGAAGUGUCUGAGGAACGGGCAACCAAGAGGGCACGACAAAUUGAGGACGGUGAAGCACUUUUUGGCUCAAGCCGUGGUGCCAAGGGGUCUGUCAGUGUACCACCUAAGGCUCGCAAGCAACAUCCGAGAACGAUGCUGUACAGCUCGCCCAAGAAACCUUCGGAGUUUUCCGGGGUCGGUACCAAAACGCCAUCCCCCGUGAAGAGGUCGGGCAUAAGUCUCAGCCGCCUUUCCAUGCUUGCACGGCCCAAAAUGCGGAAGUGA